UCUGAUUCCUUUUGCCUCAGGUAAGACGUUUAUCUUUGGCUAGAGGUUUCUUUGACCAGACAAGGAUUUCAGUUGCUGAAAUCAUGAUUUUUCUGCAGCAAAUAACAGUGUCAUGAAUGUAAGUUGUUUAAGGAGAUGUAUUUGUAUUUUUAUUAUUUGUAAAUAUGAAGGGUUUUCUUUCCCUCACUACUGAAGCAGCUGAAGGAGAUCUAGAGAUACAGGCACCUGUAACAGUUUCCUGGGGCAAAUCACUUCAAGUAUUAAUCCAAAUCUGACCAGCACAGUGUCACUAGGCAGCACAGCUGGAAGUUGGCAAUCCCUCUCUUUUUCUGGCCUCUUCUAUGUCUGUAGGCUGUUAAUAUGAGAUUAGUAGCAUUAGGAAGACUGAGCUGGAAAGUGAGGGCUUGUAUUUGAUUUGAAGGGAAAGGAAGUCUCAUAGGUCCAUGUGAAGACAGAUUGCAUCAGAAACCAGAGCAAACACAAAAUACAGCCUCUAGGAUAGCCAUGGAGUUCUGCAAUUUAGUCUAAAGCCAGUUAUAUUUCAAAUGGGGAAAUGUGACCCACAGGAACUAUAUAUCCUGGCAUAUGAUCCUGCAUCUUGAUCUGUUUUGGCUAUUUGGAUUAAGAUAGGGCUUUACAUCUGAAUCCUAAAUUUGUUAAGGGCAAGAUUUCUGAGUUAAAUACAAAGAUGGCAGCUUUCAAUCUGCUGUAUUCCAAAUGCCAGGCACCCUCUAGUUUUUGGUGAAUAAUGCUUGUGGCCCAUAGGUGAAAGUAGCUGGUCAGAACAACAUCAGGAAGACCAGCAGACUGGAAGAGCACAGCUGCCCUCACAUCAACAAGGGCAGCUAUUGAGUGGAAAGCAUGGAGGAAAGUGGGAAUGAAAAGGUGAAUCAGGCUCAUGUUCUCUUCGACAGAUUUGUCCAGGCCUCAACUUGUAAGGGAACUCUCAAAGCUUUCCAAGAACUCUGUGACUACCUAGAGCUAAAGCCCAAGGACUACCGUUCUUUCUAUCACAAACUCAAGUCCAAGCUCAACUACUGGAAAGCCAAAGCUCUUUGGGCCAAGUUGGACAAGAGGGGCAGCCAUAAAGACUACAAGAAAGGGAAAGCAUGCGCCAACACGAAGUGUCUCAUCAUUGGGGCUGGACCCUGUGGCCUUCGUACAGCCAUUGACUUAUCUUUACUAGGAGCUAAGGUAGUGGUCAUCGAAAAGAGGGAUGCCUUCUCUCGCAACAAUGUUCUUCACCUGUGGCCAUUCACCAUACAUGACUUGCGGGGCCUUGGUGCCAAAAAGUUCUAUGGCAAGUUCUGCGCAGGGUCUAUCGACCAUAUCAGUAUCCGUCAGCUCCAGCUCAUCCUCUUGAAGGUUGCCUUGAUUUUGGGAAUAGAGAUCCAUGUUAAUGUGGAAUUUCAGGGGCUUGUCUACCCCCCUGAGGACCAGGAAAAUGAGAGGAUAGGUUGGCGUGCACUGGUUCACCCAAAAACACAUCCAGUGUCGGAGUAUGAGUUUGAAGUAAUCAUUGGAGGGGAUGGCAGGAGGAACACCUUAGAAGGUUUUCGCCGAAAAGAGUUCCGUGGCAAGUUAGCAAUUGCUAUCACAGCAAACUUCAUCAACCGCAACACCACAGCUGAAGCCAAAGUGGAAGAGAUCAGUGGUGUGGCCUUCAUAUUCAACCAGAAGUUCUUUCAGGAUCUUCGAGAAGAUACAGGCAUUGAUUUGGAGAACAUUGUCUACUACAAAGAUGAUACUCACUACUUCGUCAUGACUGCCAAAAAGCAGAGUUUGCUGGACAAAGGGGUGAUACGACAUGACUAUGCAGACACAGAGCUGUUACUCUCACGGGAAAAUGUGGACCAGGAAGCUUUGCUUAAUUAUGCCAGGGAAGCUGCUGACUUUUCUACCAAUCAACAACUGCCAUCUUUGGAUUUUGCCAUCAAUCACUACGGACAGCCAGAUGUGGCGAUGUUUGACUUCACAUGUAUGUACGCAUCAGAGAAUGCAGCUCUGGUGCGAGAGCAGAAUGGCCACCAGCUGCUAGUGGCGUUGGUUGGGGACAGUCUGUUGGAGCCAUUCUGGCCAAUGGGAACUGGAAUAGCUAGAGGUUUUCUGGCUGCCAUGGACUCUGCUUGGAUGGUACGAAGUUGGUCUCUGGGAGCCAGCCCCCUGGAGGUUCUUGCAGAGAGAGAAAGCAUUUAUAGGCUGCUGCCUCAGACCACCCCUGAGAAUGUGACUAAAAACUUUAGCCAAUACAGCAUCGAUCCUGCCACCCGCUAUCCCAAUAUCAAUGUCAACUUCCUGCGGCCGCACCAGGUGCGGCACUUAUACAAUAAGGGAGAUUUGAAAGACAUUCACUUGGAGAUGGAGAAUUUUGUGAACUCCAGGACACCAAAGCUAUCCCGGAAUGAGUCAGUAGCUCGCUCUAGUAAAUUGCUAAAUUGGUGCCAGAGACAGACUGAUGGGUACUCCGGUGUGAAUGUAACAGAUCUCACAAUAUCAUGGAAGAGUGGGCUAGCAUUAUGUGCCAUUAUCCAUAGAUACCGUCCUGACUUGAUAGACUUUAAUUCUCUGGAUGAGCACAAUGUGGAGAAGAAUAACCAGCUGGCAUUCGACAUAGCUGAAAAGGAGUUUGGAAUUUCUCCUAUCAUGACUGGAAAGGAAAUGGCAUCUGUUGGGGAUCCAGAUAAACUGUCCAUGGUGAUGUACCUCACACAGUUCUAUGAAAUGUUCAAGGAUACCAUCCCUUCCAGUGAUAAUCUGGACCUGAAUGCAGAAGAGAAAGCAGCACUAAUUGCCAGCACAAAGUCUCCAAUCUCUUUUCUUAGCAAACUGGGCCAGAGUAUCUCUCGGAAACGCAUGCCAAAGGACAAAAAGGAGAAAGAACUGGAUGGUGCAGGAAAGAGGAGAAAGACCAGCCAGUCUGAAGAUGAGGAAGUCCCACGAAACUACCGAGAUGAGAGACCCACGCUUGUGAGUGCCCUGACAGAGAGAAGAAUUGAUGCCGCCAUUGGGAAUCAGAACAAAGUGAAGUCCAUGGCAACCCAACUGCUGGCCAAAUUUGAGGAGAAUGCACCUGUGCAGUCCACAGGCCUACGGAGACAGCCUGUCCUGCCUUACCAAGAACGUGUUCUCAACCAGCCAUCCUACAGACAACGAGAGCAGGGCCGCCUUGCUCCUGUGCCUCAGUGGAAACAGGGCUCAUUCAAAAAGGAGUUUCCCCAGAACCUGGGAGGCAGUGAUGUCUGUUAUUUCUGUCGUAAGCGGGUCUACGUGAUGGAAAGAUUGAGUGCCGAAGGCAAGUUCUUUCAUCGCAGCUGCUUCAAGUGUGAAUACUGUGCUACCACACUUCGCUUGUCUUCCUAUGCCUACGAUAUUGAAGAUGGUAAAUUCUACUGUAAACCUCACUACUGUUAUCGACUCUCUGGUUAUGCUCAAAGGAAGAGGCCAGCAGUGGGUCCUCUGUCAGGAAAGGACAGCAAAGGAUCCUCGCAGGACACCAUGGCAAGUGAUGGAGCUGGCCGGGCAAAUUCCACAGCCACUUCAGCAGAGAGAACCCCAGGUCCUAAUGUAAAUGGAUUGGAGGAGCCCAACCUUGCAAAACGAUUACGUGGCACACCUGAGCGGAUUGAGCUGGAGAAUUAUCGAUUGUCACUCCAGCAGGAAGAAGAACUGGAAGAGGUUCCUGAAGAGACUCUGGCAGAGCAUAACCUGAGCAGUGUGCUAGACAAGGGAACAGAAGAGGAUGUACCCAGCAGUAGUUCAGAAUCUGAAAUGGAGGAAGAAGAGGAGGGUGAAGAGGAGGAACCUGUUCAGCCACAGCUACCCACUUCAGACCUAGGAGGUGUACCUUGGAAGGAGGCUGUGCGAAUCCAUGCCCUACUAAAGGGAAAGAGUGAGGAAGAGCUUGAAGCUGAGGAAAACCAUGCAGCUGAAGACAGGGAGGAAGACGAGGAGGAGGAGGACGAGGAAGAAGAGUCUAGUGAAGCUGGGAACCUGAGGCUGCAGCAAAUUGUAAAUCCGGUUGAUCCUCUCGAAAUCCUGGCAGAUGUGCACUGGACACACAUCCGUGAGAGAGAGGAGGAGGAAAAAAUGGUUCCAACCUCAAAGUCCUCCACCUCCAGAGCCCCAUGUGAAGAGAAUGAUGUGGAGGAUGAAGUGUGCACAGAGCCUGCAGAUACAGAAGGAGAAGCAGGAGAAGAUGGAGAUACUGGUGCAGAACUGGAUGAUGAUGACAUCCCUUCUGAUGCAGAAGCUGAAUAUCAAGAAGAGCCAGAGCUGAAAGUCUCUGAUGAAGAGGAGGAAAAGGUGGUGGAGGAAGAGGGAGAGGUAGUUAGCCAUCGCUGUAUGACAAAAGAUCCAUGCAAAGUCUCCUUCCCCAUCCAGUCUCCCUGUGAGAAUGUUCUUCCUCUGUCUCCAGUUGAUAGUCCCAGACCAGAACAAACAGAGGAAAUUAAGAAUCCCCUCACUGGGCUGACAUGCAUGGACAAAUCUCCAGAGACACGCUUUUUUCCUGAGCCUUUUGUUCUUGAAGAAAAGACAAAAGAUGAAAUUUCUGAAGAUCAGAAGGUUCAAAGCUCUUCUGUGUCACACUCUCCAGUACUCUCUCAGCCAGUUGCAUCAUCAGAAGCCAUCACACCUACAGCACCAGUGAAAUCUCAGCCCCCAACACCCACACUGGCACCCACUACUCAACUGCCUAUUUGUUCCCAGCCUUUACCCUCUGCUGAAGCAUCUAUUCCAUCCCCAGUGGAACCUCCAGUGUGUUUUCAACCUGUUCCAGCCUUAACAUCCACUCCUCUGGUCAAGCUUGCUCUAAAAAGCCAUGAUAGUGAAAUGGAAAAAUUGGGGAGUCCUACUACUGCAGAAGAGGCCCUGAAGCGAAAUAACCUUGUAGAAGAGUUCUGGAUGAAGAGUGCUGAAAUCCGGAGGAGCCUGGGGCUUACUCCAGUGGACAGAAAUAAACGGUCAGACCCUAGCUUUAAUAUAUCAGCCCUUGAAUCACCGCCUCUGAAGUCUUAUCACGCUAAGAAUGCUUCAGAGCAGGAGGGUAUCCAUCUUGUGAAACCUGAACCUGUCCCAAGAAGGCUGAUUACACCCAAAUUAGAAAGUGAGCAGAUAUCUAUGCUGACUCCAAAAUCUCCAUCAGACAAAGAACUGAAGAAUUCCAAUGAAGUAAAAAGAGAUCUCUCCAGUAGCUCUGGACUUGGCCUUCAGGGCAGCUCAUCUAACAUGAAGACGUUGGCAAGCCAGAGCUUCAACACUUCUGAUUCCACCAUGCUUACUCCUCCAUCAAGCCCUCCCCCACCACCUCCUCAAAAUGAAGAACCAGCAACUUUGCGUAGAAAAAGGCACCAGGCAAAUUGGCAAAAUGAGGUAGAGUCUAAGCCAAUUCUAACAACAGCACCAGCAUCCCAUGCACCUCCACUUUAUGAGCACAACCAUUCUGCCAAAGAGUCAACUGAGGCCCCAAAGGGCGAGAUACGAAAGUCAUUUGCAGAGAGUGUGGAUGAGAUUCCAUUUGCUGAUGAUGUAGAGGACACUUAUGAUGACAGAACAGAGGAUACAAGUCUUCAUGAGAAAUUCUUUACACCCCCUACCAGUAGGCCAAGACCAGAGAAGCCUCUUCAUCUGCCAUUGGUCAAAGAGAAUGGUGGACCACCAUCGGGGGAAGGGACAGUGAACCAGAGGAAAAGGGUGCUGCCUCAAGUUUCUCUAGAAGCCAAGGAACUAGCUGAGGAAAGAAUGCGAGCCAGGGAGAAGUCUGUGAAGAGUCAGGCAUUGCGGGAUGCCAUGGCUAAACAGUUGUGUAAGAUGAAAGAUAUGGAAAUGGCUGCUGUUGCUGGAGCCUCCAAGACACGAAAAGCAUCUACUAUGCCCGUGACAACCAAAGAGCUGGUUUUUGAGUCCCCAAAGCAUUUGGCUAUGAAAGUAGCAGAGGGCCCCAUGCUAAAACAUGAUGUUGGUAAUGAAAGAUUCCCCUCAAUCUCUGCUGAUGUGGGUGUGCAUGAAGGGUCAGUCACCUCAUCAGAAGGCUCCAGUGGGAAAAGUAAGAAAAGAACUUCUCUCUUUUCCCCUCGUAAGAACAAAAAAGAGAAGAAAUCCAAGAAUGACAGCAAGCUGUCUGACAAGUCCAAUGGUGGGGCAGAGGAAGCUACCAAGCCCAAAUCAUUGUGGAAGUCUGUUUUCUCUGGAUACAAGAAAGAUAAGAAGAAAAAAACUGAUGACAAAUCCUGCCCUAGCACUCCUUCUAGUAGUGCCACAGUGGACUCUGGAAAGCACAAGGGCUUUCCACUAGUUACCGCAGCAGAUUUGCAGCUUCGUCGACACUUGAGUUUCUCAGAGGACUCUGACCUUUCCAGUGAUGACAUUCUAGAACGAUCUUCCCAGAAGUCCAAGCGAGAGUCGAUUUAUGUACCACACGCCUUGGCAUUCAAGAGAUCAUACUCGUCAAAGAGAACUUACACAGAGGAGGAACUGAAUGCCAAGCUCACCAGGCGAGUGCAGAAAGCCGCCCGGCGACAAGCCAAGCAGGAGGAGCUAAAGAGAUUACACAGAGCUCAGAUCAUCCAAAGACAGCUGGAGCAGGUAGAAGAGAAGCAGAGACAGCUGGAGGAGAGAGGGGUUGCAGUGGAAAAGGCCCUUAGGGGAGAAGCAGACUAUUGGGGAGAGUCUUAUUACAGUGACCUCAUCGACUUGCACCUGGGUGGCAUGGGGAAGAAGGACGAUCCAAAGCUGAUGCAAGAGUGGUUCAAGCUGGUGCAAGAAAAGAAUGCCUUGGUUCGCUAUGAAUCGGAGCUGAUGAUCUUUGCUCGGGAGCUGGAACUGGAAGACAGGCAGAGCCGAUUACAGCAGGAGCUCCGGGAAAGGAUGGCAGUGGAAGAUCACUUAAAGACAGAUGAGGAGCUGUCAGAGGAAAAGAGGAUCCUGAAUGAGAUGCUGGAAGUGGUGGAACAGAGAGACUCUCUAGUAGCCCUUCUUGAGGAGCAGCGGUUACGAGAAAAGGAGGAGGACAAGGACCUAGAAGCGGUCAUGCUCUCCAAAGGCUUUAGCUUGAACUGGUCCUGAGCUAACACCCACCUCUGCUGGUUUGUGUUGUCCAGUUGGCCUACACUGAGUCCACCAGAACUACCUGGCUCAGGAGAUCUUAAGGGGGAAAUCCAGAAGAUUCCUACAGCACACAAGGAUUCAGUAUCAAGCACCUAGAAGCCUUUUGAUAACUGGGAUUAACUCCAAAGGCCCCAGUUCCACAUGUCUGCACACCAAGUCGAAGGCUAAGACUGCACAGCCUCCUUGGGCCUGGUACAAAGGGGCCAUUGUGUUUUUACAAUAUGAGGGAGAGGAAUAAACUUUGGGGACAGAGGAAGAGGUUAUUAUCUUUUAGAGAAGUAACCCUUCACCAGACUGGAUUUGCUGCAGUAUGUUCCCCUCCCAUUUUCAAUACUAGGAUUUUUAAUAAAAGGGAGGGAGUGGCUACCCUCUUCCUGAAAACCACAGCAGCCUGUAGCAGCACUUGUGGAAGAGUUAACCAUCCAAAGGAGAGCGCCAGUGUUCCAGAACAGCACCUUCAUUGUUUUAGUCUUCCUCCCCACCAAAGAAACCUGAAUUUAAACAUUAUGCAUGGACACGAAGAAAUGUAGGUAGUCUGUUUGAUUGAAAUCUUCUGCUCCUUGUAGCUUUUGCAGAGACUUGCAUAUUGGAGGACUCUUUCCAUCAUACUCUUCAGAAUUCUGCCAUUGUUAUGCAGAGAAAAGAACAAAAAAGUGGGGAAGACUCCCAUAUCUCCCCACAUGUUGUUACACACUGGACAGGCAGUCACUGCUGGCCUUGUCUUCAUGGCCACAGUUGAAAGGCUAAUGGAUUUCUGAUUGGGUUUUUUUUGUUGUUGUUGCGACUGUUUUGACACUGGAAAAUACUGACUUUGUGAGAUGUGGCAAGUGUGUUGAGGGGAUUGUCAAACAGAAGUCUCUGACUUGCAAACCCCAAGAAGGAGCCAUCUUUGGGUGACUUGUUGAUGAGACUCUUCAGUGUUUGUUUUGAUUAUUUUUUUCCUCCUUGUUUUGUUUUUGCACAUUGGAAAUGAAACUUAAGACCUGCCUGGGCCCUUAGUCACUUUGACCCUUUUAUGUCAAUUAACUUAUUUUUUUAAUACUUGAAAGAAAAUUCAUUUUUAUACCUUUUAAAAAACAGACAAGUUUUGGGUGUGUGCCUGCUGCAUCCUACAACCUCCACUUUAAAUGACUGGACUGUUGUUAUCUGUGUCUAUUUAUUAGUGUUCUGAUUAAUAAUGUUAAUGUUACAUUUCUUGGAUCAUUGGGGGAGGGAAGGCGUUAACUGCAAAAGAGCAAGAAACUGCUGCAGAUUGGUCCCUGCUUCACAUAGAGGGCAGUAUUUGUGGACUUGCAUUUGUAUCCUGUCCUGCCCUCUACUUUGUGGUUGCCUUCUGGACAUCCACAGGACUGUGAGAACCUGGUAGUGUUCCUAGCAGAUUUUUCCUCUGCAUUUCAGGAUCCCUCUCUAAACUAACCAUCUUAUAAUUUAUUUAAAUAUUAAAAGUUUAUAACAAGAGUCAAAACUGUGACAUGAACAUUUCCCCCAUCUUUCCCUCCCACCUAGAGAGUGAGCCCUCUCACUGUCCGAUCCACCCAUAAGCAAAUUGCACAGUUACUGCAGUGUCUGCCAGAGGAGGCUUUUUUUGGCCUAGUUACUAGGGCUGCUGUGUUUGAGCUAGGAGGGCGUUCAUUGUAUUCCUACACACAGUAGCAAGCAGAUGUACACUCAGCAAUUCAGUCACAAUUCCGGGAAAGACCACUUACUGGAUUCCCAAAACUUAAAUUGAUCCCACAGGGCUUACCUUAAAUAGCGCUGUGCAUAGGGUGUGAUGUCUGAUGCCAGGCAUCACUCUAACUUUGAAUUACCCAGAAGAGUUUGGUUGGAGUUGCACCAUUGAUGUGCUUUAUUUAGCCUUUGUUUUAAUGGUAACUGAUAAAUAUAUUCAGCUUGCUCUUCACCUGUGCUUGAGUGAUAGUGUCACUCCCAAACAAAUCUACAUAGCACCACUGAGACUGCUAACCCUGUAAACUGGAUAUCAGACUGUUGAUGAAACUGAUACCUGAAGCCCUGGGGUCCUUCUUUAUAAUUUGUUGCUGCAUCAUGCUGCAAGUCCUUUACUUGCUUUUGAGGAGUCCUAGGUUUAUUUUUUUUCCUAUAUUUAUAAUGAUGGAGAAGUUAACAUGGCUGCUUGCUUCUGGCCAUCUACAUUCCCCAGAAGAGUUGUGUAUGCUCCUAUGGAAACACUAAACAGCCCCACACCUAAGUUUCUUGAUGUCAUAUGCCACCCUCAGGGACCUUCCCCAUGCACCAUAUUUGCAGCCAAAGAGACAGGGAUGGGAUGCUCUCUAGAAAGCAUCAGCAGUGCUAUUUAGCAAGCUUUGGAAACAUGCUUUCUUCCACAUCAACCCAGUGCUCCUUCCCCAGCUAGCAUGGCCUGAACAAACUGCAUCUACAGUGCUUCCUUCCCUUUCCUAGAAGUAAAGAAACAAACAUUAAACCCGAGUUCUCAUGGUGCAAGGCAGAGAGCUAAUUACUAUGUCACUUAAAGGUGUGCAUGUUAACAAGAGUUGUUUGACAUGCAUAAAAGCACCUUCAAGGUAUUAGCAUGCUAAUGGAACGUCUCCACAUAGAACAGGUCUCUCUACAAAUCAGUGCAGUGAAGAUGUACUAGCUGCAGGUGCAGAAACAGCAGUGGGAGGUUACACACUGUGUGCUUGGAGUUCCCCAUAAAAUAGAUUGGCUCUUAUGGAACAACAAUUCUAGACCAGAAAUAUGCUGCAACUGUAAACUUUUUUCAUUCAGAGGAUGCCUCUCCCCAGGUUAAAGGUGCAGCAUAUAUUUACAUAGACUAUAGCUGAUUUUGAACUGAAGAUCAUUAAAUGUGAACUGCAAAGCAAAAAUAAAAACAAAAGGAUGCCUCUCCCUCCUUGUGAGUAAACAUGGCCUCUUAUCAACAUGCUGUAAAGAUUUCUGCUUGUUUUUCACAGAGGAAAUAUUAGAUCCACACCUUUCCCUUCUAUGCUGGGAGACAUUGGCCAGCUCUUUGGAGGACUUGAAUAGUGCUACUAGUGUAGUGUUGCUGUAGCUGUGAUGAUCUAGGGAUAUGAGAGAAGCAAGAUUUGUCAGGUGAAAAAGUACCUGUUGUUGGACUUGUUUAGGUGAGAGAGAAAAGAGACUCAUUGGAUAGCGAUUAUCACACAAGGCAGUAAUGAGUGAUGGACUUCUGUGUCCCCAACUAGGAGAAGGAAGUGAAUCUUCUAAAACUGCAGCCCUAAGGGUUUCAUUGGGGUUCUGCAGCACAAAGGGUGCAAGUGAAGAGUAAAUAUUGCAUAUAAUGUGGUAAAGCACAUAAAGAAAAAGCUUAAUUAAAAACAAACACUGAGGCCUUUUAUAUCAUAAAAAGUAGGAAAGGCACAAUAUGUUUUUGCUGUUAAGUAAACCUUUCAGAAAACUAAUGGCAUAGCCACUAGUUUCUUUUUUAAAUUCAUGUUGUACAUUCAAUAUUUUAUAUUUUUUUUUAAAUGAAAAGUGACUCUUGUGACAUGAAACCAUCUGGACCUCUAUUUCCAAGCUGUUGAUAUUUGUGUCAGAAUCUGAGUAGCAUGUUCUAGCUCUUGGACCGGAGCCAGCAGCAUGUGGGUAGUAACACAUAGCACUGUCAGCAUGUAAUCAGUGACAUGCUUGUCUUGCAUGUAAAUGAAGCCAGAGGCCCUUAACCCGUGAGAAGUGAGCAGGUAUUAGUACUUAUGCAUGCCCUCAUAGAUAGUGCUGACUCUGUUGGACUGGUGCAGUACUCUGUGCAAUGGAGUGAAGGUUCAGUUAGAACCUGAGCUGUGUUUCUAUUCCUAAGCCAGCAGACAGAGGACAUGCAGGAAGCAGGGUGCUUGUUUCCUUGGGGAUGAAGAAGUAACUGGCCAACCUGGGUAUGACAUUGUCUGGAUGUGAAGGGAGGACCAUCUAGCCCAUGUUCAAUUUAAUGUGAAGAUCUAAGCCUUCCUAGGGAGUGAGGGGAGAUGAUUCUAGCUGCUAGUGAUCCUUGUCACUUGCCUGGUGUCUCCUACAUGUAGGGUUUACCUUUCUUGAUGGUAUCAGCUAUAUUUAUACUGCUUCUCCACUGAGAUCUUCCUUGAUGGCACAAAGUGUAGGACUGGUUUAGCUUCAUUGGUAGAAAGCACCAAAACUGGUGUGUUUCAGGGCUGGAAAGUUUUUUUCUAUUUUAAUUUGUGUUUAAAUUAAACUGUUUCAAAAGAUAAGAUUCCCAUUGCUAUUUUGAAGAGGCAGUGCUGAUCUUUUCAAUCUGACUUGAAUCCAUACUCUUGUCUAGAUGGUGUCUUCCUUUUUGGUAUUUAGUUGUGUUUUCAGUUGGAAGAUAAUGUUGCAUUAUUUUUAUUGAUUGACUCUUUGCACUGAGUAUAGAUAAUGCAUAUGUUAUUGAAGUUUUCCAAAAACAGUUCCUACCAUAGACAGUCUGGUUUUAGAGAGGUGACUCAGGUGUGCUCACUCUGCUUGGAGCACACUACCUGCUGUGCUGCCUGACUUCCUGCAGGCUGCUCCAGUGAUUGCAGGGGGGUUUAUUUCUGCUGAGUGAAAAUAGGCAUUAAAAAUACAGAUCUUGAUAGCAGCAUGCUUAGUUCCUAUGACUAGUCACAAGCACUUCUGCCCACCCAGUUCACAUUACUGUGCGAUAAUCCAGUAUUCACCCGACGGGAAUUUAAUCUACAGCAACACAGGAAACCUGUAAGCCUCCACUCCCCUCACUAGGCUAAGUCAUUCUAGUUUUAUAUGCAUGACAGAUGCUUUUGCCCCCUUAUUCUGUUGUCCAGGGUAGAAUAAAAGUAAGAAUUCCCCAUCUUUGAGUGCUGAUAUUUUAUAUAUCCUCCAUCUGCUCCAGUCUCUUUGCAUCAGAGUGUUUUCCCUGAUCACCUGCAAGAUUACGUUUUCAUGAACCCCACUCAAUAACCCCUCCAAGCCUUGCAUUCCAUUUCCCUUUGUAAAUAUCUGAAACCUGAGGCAGUAUAGCAAUGGGUUCCUUGCUUUGGGAAAUGUGGCGGCUCUGGCACAGCACUGCCAGCAUGAACUGGAGUUCAUGUGGUAACUUGCUGCCCUGGGAACUGUGUGCAGGGACAUUAUAUGACUGUGCCAGAUGGCUUGAUGGGAUGUCAUGAAUUCAGUGUUAAAGGGUGAGAAGGGAAGGUAAAAAAGAUAAGACAAAACCAGUACUUGAUGCAGUCUGUGGACAAACUAGAACCACUGGUUCUUGGAUGGAGAGAAGUCCAGUCUACUUGGAUUGUUUUCUUACCUGCUGCAGUUUUGCAGUUCUUGUUCUUAGGAUUUAGGGGAAACAGGAGAUGAUGGUUUUAUGUUCCUUAAUGCACAUUGUGGACUGAGCUGAAGGGGACACCACCUUCCAGCCUAUUGAGGCCUGGCAUGUGAAGUGGCAGUGAGUGAAGGUGGAAGAAGUUUUACAUUUCCCUGUUCAUGGUAUAGGACGGGGUUAGCCUGAAAUAAUGGGCAGGAUCAAACAGAAGUCAUACCAGCUUGCAUUUAUCCAAAUCAACUUAUGCCAACACAGAGAUAUGAUAGUGAAACAAGGUCAUCCUGUGGUGCAAACCCGAAUUUGGGCCUUAUGCAGUUUAGAUCUUUCUUGUGUUAGCACAACUUGGUGAGGCCCAAACCCAACCAAGGGCCUAUGUUUCCUUUCCCACCUAUCCUGAACCAGGGGAGAAUAGUGAAAAGGACAUGACUGUCUUGGCUCCAAGUUCCAUAUACAGUUUUGCCUCUAACUUAAAAACCACACUGUCCUCCUAGUGCCAGAGGGUAUCCUUUUCUUGUUGCAAACUCAAGUAGCAAACACAGAAUUUUAGAGCACACAGCAGCUUUUAGAGCAGUAACAUUAAUUUGCUCUUCUUCCUCUUCCCUGUCCCCCCAGCAUUUUAUGUAAAUAUUUGUGUGUGUUGUAAAGAUUGUAAUGGAUCCUUGGGUUACCCUUGUGGUCAAGGAAUCAAAUUCUUGGGCAAUGCCUGGACCUCCAUUAGAAUACGGUACUUGCAUAGAGCCAAGCACUUUUGUGUGCACUCCAAUGGUUUUUAAAUAUUUUUAUACAUCAUAACUGAAAUUAUCUUGGAGCAUUGGAAAAAUCUAGAUUGCAUGAUCUAGAACAGCUGUCGGUUCCAUUUUUUAUCAGUUGAUCCUAAAACAUUCAUCACCACUACUUUGUUUUUUUUUAAUUCUUUUCAAAUGAAUUUUCAGAUAAAUGUUUACAUCAGACACUGGUGUGAGGAAAGUGUUAUAUCACGUAAUGUUAAAAAAAAUGUGAAAAGCCACAGUGGCUGUGUCAAGCUGAAACUGUUACCAGCUGCAAUAAAGAAAACUCCAAAACAUACCAUGAACCAGCCUGUAUAUAGUUCACAGAGAAGGAGAUUAAAUCCUCCUUGAUUGAUGCAAGACAACACAAGAGACCAGACGUUUCUCAAAUGUUUGUGCUUUUGGGAAUGACAUUAUAGGUAAGGUAGCUUGGCAGACAAGCCUGUCAUGGUGUAGAUGUGAGGGGGAGAGGCAGAUGCCAUGUGUGAUGACAUUGCAGUAAUUUAAAUAAUAACUAUAUAUGUGUAUGAAGUCCAGUCCAAGUGAAGGGAUUUUGCUUUGGCACCUCCCUCUUGGGAUGAGCGCAAACUCUGAUAUUCAGACUCUUCCAGGCUUUUUUUUGUUGGUGUGUGUGGAAUGUUAAUAGAAAAGUGUGUACAGUGUGUACCCUACAUGUAUAAAACUUCUGGCCUGUUUUCUUCCAUUUGGUUGUGUUUUAUUGUUUGUUUUUAUGCACACUUGCUUUGUUGGUAUUGAGAUUUAAGCACCUCAGGUGGCCAACUGAACUAAAAAAAUAAAGUCAUUAAUUAUUUUUUUUC